AUGUGCUCUGAAGAAAUGAGCAGGGAUGGCCGUUCAAGGAGUCCCUACUCUUCUAGUUUUGAGAAUCAUAGUCCAACUGAGACUCGCAAUGAUUACUGGAGAAGGUGCUAUUAUUGUCGACACAACAUAUGCUGUUGCCCUCCCAUUGCUAGCAGUAGUCUGUCUGGAGCACCUAGGGCAGUCACAUCUUCAAGUCAUCAUCUGCUUCCAACGGCACUGUCUUCGUCCAGUCACUCUCCCAAGCCUAAAGCAACAAGGGCAACAGGAAAAUCUGUACCAGUCAAAUCGACCACAAAAAGCGCCGCAAAUGCCCCAAAACCUGUUUCUCGGGCGAGCACAAAAUCCAAGUCUAAAUCGAAGACAAAGUCAAAACCGGAAUCUGCUCCCAAAUCGAGGCCACACACCACUUCUCAUCAACCAAAGGUUAUCGCUGUUAAGUCAAAUGCCUCGCCAGUAAAGCAUACUUCUCGAAAGCCACUGCUUUCGUUAUCAGGCUUGUUUAAAAGAACUUCAAAGAAAGAUGAUGGCCAGGUGUCACCAAAAGCCGGUCAUCAGUCACACAAAAUAAUUACUGAUUUGAAAAAGAUUACAAUAAGUGAGAUUGAGGAGAAGCCUAUAAAUCCACCAAGUUUUCAAGAAAGUGUUUCUAAGACUGGAGGAGAUGAACUGGUUCACUUGUUGCCGGAGUAUUCAACAGAACCUCCUCCAAAAUAUGAAUUCAAAGACGUGGCGAGUGACGAAGAGGAAGAGAGGGUUUAG